UCUCCACUAGCCUUGUCAACCCUCCAUCACUACCAAAGCUUCGAUUGGCCUGCUGCUAGCCAUGGUUUGCCCCAAUUUCAUCUUCAACAUAAUCGUCGACAAUUGCUUCUGCGGGUUAUGGAAAUCCGGUGGGCAGCCCAAAACCGAUAUCAAGAAGUUGAAGACAGAAAUGGAAAAGCUUAAAGCUGAACGGAACGAUAUCAAAAGUAAAAUCGAAGAAGCCAGGCGUGAGGGAAGACAUACAAGUGCGGAAGCCCAGCAGCAGCAGCGCGACCUGAAGUCAUUGGAAGGCCAAGUAGUUGCUAUCUUUGAGGAUUUCACAGGGAUCAAGUUUCAAAAUAACAUCAAGGUUGGACCAUGGGGAGUCGCCGGCGACUGCAACUUUGACAUUGGUGGAUCUGUGUCCCAAAUCACAAAGGUCAGACUCCACACAGGUGGCGUCGUCGAUAAUUUGGAGAUCUCCUACAUAGUCGACGGGAGUAAUUUCGACACACCGACACUAGGCGGCAGCGGUGGUGGCACCUAUCACUCGUUCACACUCGAUCGUGGCGAAUAUAUCAACUCGAUGGUUGGGUUCGUCGGCGCUUAUAACGGCGAAAGUUGCAUCUCUCAGCUCAAAUUUAAGACCAACUUCGGAAAUACGCAUGGGCCUUUUGGGGGAGGAGGCGGCAAGGAGUUCACUGUUCCGGUCACGGCGGGUCGAAUUGUUGGAUUCUUUGGCGAGUACGACAAGUAUCUAAAGGAGAUCGGAGUCUACGUGGCUCUUACUUAAUUAAUUGGCCAUCUAUAUAAUAUUUCAGAAUCUCAUCGUCUGUUGUCUCUACUUCACUUAAUUCGAAAAUGUCCUCAUAUGUGCUUUAGUCAUUUGUUACUUCUUCUGUAAAAAAAAUCUAAUAUUUUUAAGAUUUAUAAUUGA